UAGCAGACAGCGACGGAGUCGUAAAGCCUCACAAUGAAAUUUUUCAUCGACGAUCUCCCCGUGCUGUUCCCUUAUCCUCGCAUUUAUCCCGAACAAUAUGCUUACAUGUGCGAUCUUAAAAAGACCCUCGACGCCGGGGGUCACUGCGUGUUGGAGAUGCCGUCUGGUACGGGGAAAACGGUGUCGCUUCUGUCACUGAUUGUCGCCUACCAGCAACACUACCCAGAGCAUAGGAAACUUAUAUACUGUUCUCGAACCAUGUCCGAAAUCGAGAAGGCAUUGACUGAGUUGAAGGCGUUGAUGAAAUACCGUGCACAGCAACUUGGCUAUACAGAAGACUUCCGCGCGCUGGGACUUACUAGUCGAAAGAAUUUGUGUCUGCAUCCAUCUGUGAGGAGAGAGAAGAGCGGGAGUGUCGUCGACGCACGAUGCAGGAGUCUAACAGCACCCUUCAUACAAGAAAAGAAAGAAAGAGGCGAAGAUGUCGAGCUCUGCACAUACCAUGAAAACCUCUAUCUCCUCGAACCACACAACCUUGUUCCGCCGGGCGUCUUCACUCUCGAUGGGCUCAUCCGAUAUGGAGAACAACACACCCAGUGUCCUUAUUUUAGUGCCCGGCGCAUGAUGCCGUAUUGCAACGUUAUCAUCUAUUCAUAUCACUAUCUUCUCGAUCCAAAAAUCGCAGAGAGAGUGUCCAGAGAGCUCUCCAAGGACUGCAUAGUUGUUUUCGAUGAGGCGCAUAACAUUGACAACGUUUGCAUCGAAUCUCUCAGCAUCGAUCUGACGGAAGAUUCGUUGCGCAAGGCUACGAGGGGAGCGAAUAACUUAGAACGCAAGAUUGAAGAGAUGAAAGGAACAGAUGCAGAAAGACUUCAAAAUGAAUACUCGAAGCUCGUUGAGGGGUUGCGAGAGGCUGAGCAAGCCAGGGAGGAAGAGCAGUUUAUUGCAAACCCCGUGCUUCCAGAUGAUCUGCUCAAGGAAGCCGUACCAGGAAACAUACGGCGAGCAGAACACUUUGUUUCCUUCCUGAAAAGAUUCAUCGAGUACCUCAAGACUCGGAUGAAGGUCACACAUGCUAUAUCUGAAACUCCUCCUUCAUUUUUGAGUCAUCUUAAAGAUCUAACCUAUAUUGAGCGGAAGCCACUGAGAUUCUGUGUUGAACGCCUAGCGUCGCUCGUUCGAACAUUGGAACUUAUGAAUAUAGAAGACUAUCAGCCCCUCCAGGAAGUCGCCACGUUCGCAACCUUAGUCGCAACCUACGACAAGGGGUUUGUCCUGAUUCUUGAGCCAUUUGAAUCCGAGACAGCAACCGUACCAAAUCCUAUACUACAUUUCACUUGCUUGGAUGCCGCAAUUGCAAUACGGCCCGUAAUUGAACGGUUCAGCUCAGUUAUUAUUACAUCUGGAACUCUGUCGCCUCUUGAAAUGUACCCUAAAAUGUUAGGUUUCACCACCGUUCUCCAGGAGUCGUACACCAUGACCCUGGCUCGUCGAUCUUUCCUUCCUAUGGUUGUAACGCGUGGUUCGGAUCAGUCUCAGAUCUCAUCGUCAUUCCAAAUCCGCAAUGACCCGGGAGUCGUCCGUAACUAUGGAAAUCUUGUUUUGGAGUUUUCUCGCAUCACUCCCGACGGGAUUGUCGUCUUCUUCCCGUCCUAUCUAUAUAUGGAGUCUAUUAUCAGCAUGUGGCAAGGAAUGGGCAUUCUAGAUUCCAUCUGGAACUAUAAAUUAAUUCUCGUCGAGACACCAGAUGCACAGGAAUCUUCACUCGCAUUAGAAACUUAUCGAACAGCCUGUUGCAACGGGCGAGGUGCUCUCUUACUCUGUGUCGCUCGAGGCAAGGUGUCCGAGGGUAUCGAUUUUGACCACCACUAUGGGCGUGCUGUUCUUUGCAUUGGUGUCCCAUUCCAAUACACUGAAUCCCGCAUUCUAAAAGCCCGUCUUGAAUUUCUUCGUGAGAACUACCGUAUUCGUGAAACUGAUUUUCUCUCGUUCGACGCCAUGAGACAUGCCGCGCAGUGUCUAGGUCGUGUCCUCCGCGGCAAGGAUGACUACGGAGUCAUGGUAUUAGCUGACCGCCGGUUUCAAAAGAAGCGCUCUCAGCUACCCAAAUGGAUCAGUCAGGCCUUGCUCGAAAGUGAAACCAAUCUCAGCACUGAUAUGGCCGUGGCUACUGCAAAGAAUUUCUUGCGUACGAUGGCUCAGCCCUUUAAAGCCAAGGACCAGGAGGGAAUCUCUACUUGGAGUUUGGCGGAUCUAGAGCGACAUCUAGCGAAAAAAAGACAGGAGGAAGAGAAGGUUAGGAGAGAAGAACUAGCCAACGGUCGCAGAGCGAACGGAGCUGCCACUGGUCCUCCUGCGACUGCAGCCGGUAGUCCUGAUGAAUUUGAUGACGAUAUCGAUGGAGAUCUAAUGAUGCUGGACGCAAGAUAAUUGGAACAUUUGGAGCAUGCACCGUUAAUCCCAUUCUGAACACGAG